UCGAUUUCCUUUCCAGUCCUUCACAGAACAAGACACUACUACUCCCUACGCCUCGCGUACAGUCACUCCAGGUCAACGAGACCAAUUACAACCUCACCAACCACAUUCACAAUGGCUAUCUUUUCCAAGGCUCUUGCUCUGACCGCCAUCUUGGCCACUCUCACCUCGGCCGCUCCCCUCCAGCAGAAGCGCGACCUCGUCUAUGAGACCGUCACUGCCUACGACGUGACCACUAUCGAUACCACCAUCACUCUCUAUCCCGGCGAGCCGACGCCUUCAGUGCCCCCAAAUGUCGCUAUCACCACCCAAGCGGCUGUGAGUACCACUGCUCCUGCUGAGGCCAAGCCCGAGCCCACGUCGGCCACUUCCACCUCGGUCAGCCCCGUGGCUCCUGAGACCACCGCCGCGCCGACCACCACUGCUCCUGCUGCUGCGCCAACCUCUGAGGCCCCUGCUGCUGCACCUACCACCACCGAAGCCCCCUCCCCAGCAGCUGAGCCAUCCACCACCAGCACCUCGUCCUCUGCUCCUGCUGCUACGUCAUCUGGUAGCUCUGGCUCCGGCAAUGGUCAGUCUGGCUCCGGCGAUGGUACCUACUACGACACCGCCACCUCAAUGAGCGCUCCCAGCUACUGCGACACUGCCAACGACGGUAACUCUGAGAACGUUGUUGCUCUUUCUUCCGCUAUCAUGACCGAGGCCCUCUGUGGUGCCACCAUCACUGUCCACCACAAUGGCAACUCGGCCACUGGUAAAGUCGUCGACAAGUGCCCUGGCUGCAGCGCUGGAUCCGUUGACAUGUCCCAGCACAUGUUUGAGUCUCUGGCCAGUAUCGAUGCCGGCCGCAUCCCCAUCACCUGGACCCUCAACUAAGCCUUGCUGUUUCAGUUUGAAUUCUUUGUGUCUUUCGAUUCUACCUCAUCUUCGGAUGACGGUUAUAUAUAUACUCAUAUAUAUAACAUUUUAUAGAAAUUUGUUUUCUUCUGACAAGCGUCUGCUUGUGCUGUAUCUUUCUAGACUUUCCACCAGAAACUGCAUGUGGCAUGGACAUACUGGGCUCGCCUGCAAGUCGGGCGAGCAGGCCUGCAGUCUUUCUUACACUCCUGGGGAGUGGCCUGGCGCAAGAUUGGUUGAGUUAUGGAAAAGUUUGUGCUUGUAAAUUAUAACGAAUCAACGAUCAAAUCAAACAAUGACUGUCUCUUGCUUUGCAAAUAAUACUUGCAAUGGGGUGCCUAGCCGCCUCUCUGAUUUUGUACGACGAUCAUCCCAUUAGUC